CCACCUCAUCCCUCAUCACAUCCCUCUCGCAAUGCCGCACAUCCACACAGUGCACUACGCCUCCGUCUCCAACUCGCAUGGGCGUCCUCGCUCCUCAUUGCCUCUCGACAUCCACGUCCCGACGGCCUCUGCGUCUCAGCGCUUCCACGGGAGAAAGGAGACGCCCGUCGUCCUCUGGUUCCACGGCGGCGGCUGCGUGCAGGGCACGCGCACGGGCAUGGCGCAGCAUAUGAGAGACGCCGUCGACAAGCUGGGUGUCGUCGUCGUUGCUCCAGACUACAGACUGUGUCCUCAGGUCAAGCUCCUCUCCGGCGUCCUGCCAGACUGCCUCGCGGCCUCGCAGUGGAUCUCUUCCCACCUCUCGACGUUCCUCUCGCAAAGCGCCUCUUAUCUUCCUCCACCUUCUCCCAGGCCACUUCUCUGCGGCUCUUCCGUCGGCGGUUUCCUCGCCCUCCUCCUCUCCCUUCCUCUCUCGCUUCCCGAUCUGCCUUCACCCAUCGUGCAGGCUAGAGCAGUGGCGGGCAUCUAUCCGAUCACGGACAUGGGCGCGCCGUUCUUCAUGGAGGAACAAACGCCAUUCAUGGGGCGCUUGACGCCAGAGGAAGAGUGGAGCCAGAAGUUGGAGAGCUAUUUGGAGGAGACUAGCGAGGUGAUGAGCAGCACCGAAGGAGGCCCGAGCAACGACAGGAACAAGCUGUACAUGUGGGCUCAGCAGAAUGCUCUCUUCCCCUCUCUCCUCUUCUCCUCUCCCACUCCCACUCCCUCCUCCGACGACGUACUCGGCACGCGUCUCCCCUCGCGCAUCACUUCUUUCAGCCCCGCUGAAGCGAGCGCCAUACCGCCCAUCUACGUGGUGCACGGCACGAAAGACGCGGCGGUACAUGUGGAUCAAGCUACGGAGUUGGUCGAGGCGCUCAAGCAGAGGGAGAGGGAGGUGGUCUAUGAAGAGCGAGCAGGGCUGGAUCAUCUCUUUGACUUGUUCGAUGAGGAAGAGCGCAUGGAGGACAUGUGGCGCUGGGUCGCUGGGCAGUUUGGCAUCGCGUACGAGUGAUGCUCGUCGCUCACUUGUGACAGGAGCGAGCGAGAAAGGUCUCAUUCUCGAGGCAUGCAGGGCCUCGCGGAAUCGAUGCGCAAUCAGCUUCAGCGACGGGGACUCGUGCAAGACUUGACUGCCUCGUCUCGUCCUUGCGCUCGCCGCCGCGGCGCGCGCUCUCACUCGCAUCAUCAUGCAUCUCUCGGGCAUGCAGGUGGAGUUGCAGCGCUGGGCAGCUGGAUGUGAUUGACAAGAGUGAUGGUACAGGCGCACGAGAGGCACUGGAUGUGUGAGUGUGUGUGACGAGGCAUCAAGAGCGGCUGGGACAGGACUGGCGCUGCG